AGAGUAACUGACUUCAUUUUAGUCUGCGAGGUAACUCGAUAAAGAGACGACCGUUUCUCGUUGCCGCAAGCCAACGUGAUCAGUUGUUUACUUUCGAAAGCAUGUUGAGUAUACAGCUACGGAACUCUCGUGUUCUCCCUAGAUGCUUUCGGGAAACUUCUAGUGCCAGUGCAUGGUGCCUCCAGAGGGUCAGAUGUGCAGUGUAAGAAUUGCCGAUGAGUGGGCCUGAGUGCUAUCGCUGGAACCGUGUGUCCGUCGAGGAUGGCUUCCAUGGCGCCAUCGGACUCGACGACGGAGUCUACACAGAGGCACGAGUCAGAUCUUUACACAAGACCAGGUUGGGUCGACGCAGAUAUCGCCCUAGGACAACUAGAUCAGGGAAAAGCACAAGGAGAUCGAGGAAUUUUAUGGGUGCGAGGUCGAAUUCAGUCGCAGCUUCAUAUUCUAGGGAAGAUUCUAGAUACCCAUGCUGGAAAAGUCCUCUUCGUAAGCAUUCUGGCGAUUGCAACCUUCUCAGUAGGACUGAAGAGCAUGACGUUCCAUUCGAAUAUCGAACUACUUUGGGCGGAACCUUCUACUACACCAGAGACUUUACCACCAGAAAUGCUUUCUACUCAUCAAAUGGUUCUACAAACAGGCUUAGAUCCGGACAUGGACCUCUUGAAUCCCCACGGCCUCCUUGAACAUUUGACGUUAGUUCAAAAGGCAACACAGGUUACAGUUACGAUGUUCGAUAUAACAUGGCGGUUAAAAGAUUUUUGUCAAUCGCCUAGUAUUCCAAACUUCGAUCUCCAGUUUAUUGAACAAAUGUUCGAAAACAUGAUGCCUUGUUCCAUCGUAACACCUUUGGAUUGCUUUUGGGAAGGAUCAAAAUUACUUGGGCCCGACUAUCCUGUAUAUAUACCGUAUAGUAUGGGUAACCAAAUAAAAUGGUCGAAUUUAAAUCCCAGUGAAUUAGUAUCCCAAAUAAAAUUAAAAGAAUCCCAUUUCGACUAUCAUUCGUUAGAAGAUUACUUGAAGCGUGCUGGAAUCACAACAGGAUACCAAGAGAAGCCCUGCCUGAAUCCCAAAGAUCCCGAGUGCCCCGAUACAGCCCCUAACAAAAAUCAUACACAUCCCCCAGAUGUCGGAGCUGAACUUACAAGCGGUUGCUAUGGUUUGGCGGCCAAAUACAUGCAUUGGCCGGAAGAUCUAAUCGUGGGUGGUGUACAAAAAAACAAAAGUGGAUAUAUAAAGAAAGCCAAAGCAUUACAAACAGUCGUUCAGCUAAUGGGUGAUCACGAGCUAUACGAAUUUUGGUCUGAUAAUUACAAAGUACAUCACAUAAGUUGGAAUAAGGAUAAGGCUAGUAUUGUUCUUAAUGCUUGGCAAAAAAAGUUCGCUGAUGAAAUAGAUCGUCUAUCCAGAAGUAAUCCAUCUUCGUCUUACGUAUUUUACACAUUCUCUACUGCCAAUGUUAAUAAAUUGUUGAAGGAAUACUCCAGAUCUGAUUUGCUCAAAUUAGGUAUUGUGCUUGGGGUAGCUUGUAUUUAUGGUUGGGUAGCUCACUCAGCUUUAGCCUCUCUAGGUGUUCUAGUCUUAGCGAGUUCAACAGCAGCUGCAUUGGGCGUGUGUAGUCUCAUAGGUCUCCCUAUGAACCUGUUGAGCACUCAAGUGUUACCCUUUGUAACUGUAGGACUGGCCCUGCGUGAAAUGUUUCUUAUAUUAUCGACUCAUACGCGAAAACUGUUACCUGCAGAAGUGUUGAAACGGACAGGACCUAGUAUUAUAUCCGCGGCUCUAAUAAACUCUGGUGCUUUUAUCGCCGCCGCUAUUCUGCCCAUACCCGCGUUAAGAGUGUUUUGUUUACAAUGCGCAAUUAUGAUCGUCUUUCAUGGUACCGCACUUCUGGUCAUUUUCCCUUCCUUUUUAGCACUACAGCAGCGAUGCAAGAAAGCUGACAUGCCUUGCUUCAAAUCGGAAAACAAACCAAAAAUAACAAAUAAUAACAACAAUCAAGACGUGGAACACGGAAGCAGUUUACUCACUGCUGAGAAAGUUUGCCAACAAAAGAAAGGAUUGAUACCCUGGUGCGUGACCCGCUAUCUAGCGACAGUGUUAUUCCGGCCAUUCGUAAAGGUUCUCAUGUGCCUCACUUAUGCAGUGCUAAUUAUUUUUUGUGUAUUUAACGGACUAAAACUAGAAUUCGAUGUAAGACUUUCUACAUUUUUACCGAAAGUUACGCAAGAGUACAAAUAUUUAGAAGCCCAAAAUAAGUUUUUUGGAUUUUAUAAUUUUUAUUUGGUUACCACAGAGCUGGAAUAUCCUCUGAAUCAACCUCUUCUGUAUGAGUAUCAUUCCUCUUUGACACAAGUUCCCCACGUUUUAAAAGAUUCGAAUGGUGGUCUCAAUAUGAACGACUUUUGGUUGGCGAAUUUCAGAGACUUCUUAAUUGAUUUGCAACAAGAAUUCGAUUAUAAUAGAAAUAAUAGUUGUUUAAACAGCGAAAAAUGGUUCCCGAACGCCACCGAGAAAGCAGUAUUAGCCUUCAAAUUAUUGUCGCAGACAGGAGUUGUACAAUAUCCUGUCGAUAAAAGUCAAAUAUUUAAAAAAAGACUGGUUCGUAAUAAUAUUAUAGAUGCUAACGCUUUUUACAAUUAUUUAUCAGUUUGGAAUAGUAACGACCAAAUAUCUUACUCCAGUUCUCAAGCAAACCUCACACCGAAACCGUUUCAGUACUACAGUUCUAAUGUAGAAUUUGAUUUGAAAAUUCCGAAAUCUCAACCUCUCGUAUAUACACAAAUGCCAUUUUAUCUUAAGAAUUUAAGAACUACCUCUAGUAUUGUCAGUACCUUAAAGCAAAUAAAAGAUAUAUCUGAACAUUUUAAUAGCAAGGGGUUGAAAAAUUACCCGAUAGGUCUUAUAUUUGCCUAUUACAAUCAAUUUUUACUCAUAGAUAGAUUAUUAGCGGCACAAUUUGUUCUAACUCUUCUUUCUGCAGCGAUUGUUGCGUUCGUUCUCGUUCAGUGGAUAAAACUUUGGUGUGCUCUUUUCAGUACGUUAGCCUCCCUACUAUUACUCUGUCUGGUAAAUAUUAACGCCCUUAGUGGUACUAUUGGAGCACUUCAUUUUAUAAUAAUUAGCAGAAAUAUAUUUUUAAUACUAACCGGCUAUUUAAGUGCUAUUGGUAAUAGAGAACGUAGAGUGAGAUUGUCUAUGGAAGUAAAUUCGGAACCAAUAUUAAAAGGUGACAUAGGAUUAUUGCUAUGUGCAGCAGUAUUAGCAAUUUCACAAUUUGAAUUCAUCUACUAUCACCUAUUCACGUUAAUAUUAAUAUCAGUUUGUGGUUCGUUAGCUAAUUCGUUCGUAUUUUUUCCAUUACUAUUGGCACUAAUUGGUCCAAAAGGUGAAUUACAACCUAUUGAGCAUACAGAUAGGAUAUCGACACCACCACCUUUAGUACCCUCUCCUAUCCCCAUCCGCAACACUACCUUCACAAAGCCUCCAAAACGUAAUACCUCCAGCAAAACCACAAGAGAACCUAGCCUCACAACCAUCACAGAAGAGAGUUGUAACCAGAGUAUUGUAGUUGAACCACAAGUCACUGUAGAAUACAGUAGUCCUGAAUCCAGCUCUAGUGGUCCCUUCACGACAAAAGUCACUGCCACUGCUAACAUAAAAGUAGAGUUGGUAGCCCCUGUAUAUAGAUCCAGUAAGUGCAGCAAUAAGUGUCAUCGAUCGUUUAAGUGCGACAGGCGGAAAAGACAAGAGACAGAUAGACAAAAACAGCAGUGUAGAUGCUGUAAAGACUCUAAUAGUAGUGAUAGUAAUACAGAGACUGAGCAAUGCCCUAGUAGCUAGCAUUUUGUUACCAUGUAAGGAAUCAGUGUAAAAUAUGUUUAUAUUGAAUAUAUGUAUACCAAGCAUUUAUUUAUUUAAAGAUGAACCAUGUAAGAUAGCUAAUCGAAUUACAAAUUAAUAUUUAGGAUAUAUGCGGAACUAUGUUUAACUUUGUAGAUGUGGAGAGUGAAAUUGUAAAACUUCCUAUUUUUAAAUUUUUUUUUAUCAAAAAAGCUUUUUUUCGAGUUCUCAAAACAUUACAGUUCAUAUUUAAUCCAAAAUUUAUUGUAAUUUAUAUUUUGUUUAUUUAUAGGAAAUAUAAUUUUAAUUUUCCAACGUUAAUCACUUGGAGGUGACGAGAAAAUAAAUUUUAUAUUAUUUUUAAUAAAAAAUGUUUAUCGAUCUCAUAAAUAGAUGAAAUUUAAUUCGCGUCUAAUGAAUUAUAACAAUUUCCAUACUUAAAAGUAAACAAUCUAUUGUUGGAUAAAUUUCAAAUAAUUUCUCCUUAUUUGAACCUGAACAAAUAUCGCAGAAACGCGAUUUUUAGGUAAAAUGGCAACUUUCUUCAAGGAUGAAGAAUACAACGACAAUCUAGAAAGUUCUUAAAUGUUCGAAUAGCAUCAAAGACUUUUUAGAAGCUUCUAAAGGGCAAAGCUCUCAAUUCAUAUAUUUUAAAUAGGACGACUUAGGUAAAAACGUCAGCACUCUUCAAAAAUUAGAAUAGAACAACAUUCCAGAAUGUCGUGGGAUGCUAUCCAAUACCAUCAAAUGUUUUAGACUGCCUAGAAGCUUCUAGAAAGCGAAAGUUCCAAUUCAUAUUAUCUUCAGUAGUAAUCUCUUUUGGUAAAAACAGGAAAUCUUUUCAAGAAUAAAGAAUAGAACAUUCCAGAAAGUUCUGAAAUGCUUUCAAAUACCAUCAAUUUUUCUAGACUAUUUAGAAGCUUCUAAAGAGCAAACUUCCAGUUCAUAUAUCUUUGGGUAAAAAUGGCAACUCUCUUCAAGGAUCAAAAAUAGAACAACAGUCCAGAAAGUUCUGAAAUGCUUUCAAAUAUCAUCUAAUGUUCUAGACUAUUUAGAAGCUUCUAAAGGGCGAAAGUUCCAGUCCAAAUAUCUUCAAUAGCACGACCUUCGGGUAAAAAUGGCAACUCUCUUCAAAAAUGAGAAAUAGAACAAUAUUUUAAUGUUUCUAAAAGGCGAAAAUUCCAUUUUUAAUAUCUUUAAAAGCACGUCCUUCGGGUAUAAACGGGAACCUCCUUCAUGGACGGGAAUUAGCUAGCUAUGUAAACUAUACAACGGACUACCUUAGUUUUAUGUCCAUUCCUUAAAAUCGAUCUGAAAGUUAUUUUAGCAGUUUAUUUAUAAUGUUAACAACAAUUUGGCUUCUGUGUACUACUAAUUAUAACACAUUAUGUAAGUUUGUGUUUAUGACAUAUUCUAACCCAAGAUGCGUUAUUAUGAAAAAAUAUUUAUAUCUAUAAAAGUAGUCUCCAUUUGAAAAGCACAUUGUUCCGCUAAAUCCAACUAAUUACGUAUUUUCGCAAUUUUACUUUGUAAAAAUUCCAUACCAAUAGUUUUUAAAUAUGAAAGAACUGUAUUGGGUUCCAUAUUAUUUAUAUUAUUGUUCAAGUAAAUAUUUUGACACUA